GGCAGCCAUGGAGGAGUGGGGGUGGGCGGCGCUGCGGCUGGGCGCCGUCUGGCUGGCGCUGCUGUUCGCCCUCGUCGUGCUGCCCUCGGCGCUGGGCAUCUCGCUGGGCAUCUCGGAGGCCUACGUGCGGCUGCUGGUGAAGACGCUGGAGUGGGCCACCCUCGGGUCACAGAAAGGAGCCCCAAAGCCACGACCUGAGAGGCCAAGGAGUCCUGCAGCCAAUGGCAUCAUCGAGCGGCUGCAGCCCGCCGCGGGGCCGGCGCCGGGCCCGGCCGGCUUCCGGCUGUGCCACGUCUGCCACUUCUGCCGGCGGGGCCUGGAGGCCAUCGUGCAGGAUGAGGUCACCCAGAGCUUCUCCUCCCAGCAGCUGCUCUCCUGGAACCUCCUCACCAGGACCAACCUGCGCUUCCGCUACGUCAGCCUGCGGCUCAGCCUGCUCUGGGGGCUGGGGGUGCUGCUGCGCUACGGGCUGCUGCUGCCGCUGCGCUUUACCCUGGCUUGCAUUGGCAUCACCUCCAUGGUCGUGGGCACAGUGCUGGUGGGACAGCUGCCCAGCAGCAGGGUGAAGAGCUACCUGAGUGAGGUGGUGCACCUCACCUCCUGCCGCAUCCUGGUCCGGGCUGUCUCGGGCAGCGUUCGCUACCACAACAGGGAGAACAGGCCUCAGAGGGGAGGGAUCUGCGUGGCCAACCACACCUCGCCCAUCGACGCCAUCAUCCUCACCAACGACGGCUGCUACGCCAUGGUGGGGCAGGUGCACGGCGGCCUCAUGGGCCUGAUCCAGCGCGCCACGGUCAAGGCCUGCCCGCACGUCUGGUUCGAGCGCUCCGAGAUGCGAGAUCGCCACCUAGUGACCAAGCGGCUCAGGGAACAUGUGGCUGACAAAAGCAAGCUCCCAAUCUUGAUCUUUCCUGAAGGCACCUGCAUCAACAACACCUCUGUGAUGAUGUUCAAGAAGGGCAGCUUUGAGAUUGGAGGCACCAUCCACCCCGUGGCCAUCAAGUACGACCCCCACUUCGGAGAUGCCUUCUGGAACAGCAGCAAGCACAGCAUCCUCAGCUACCUGCUGCGGGUGCUCACCAGCUGGGCACUCGUCUGCAACGUCUGGUACCUGCCCCCCAUGCUCAGAGAGGAGGGGGAGGAUGCUGUGCAGUUUGCCAACAGAGUGAAGUCAGCCAUCGCUCGGCGAGGAGGCCUCACGGAGCUGCCCUGGGAUGGAGGGCUGAAAAGAGCCAGGGUGAAGGACAGCUACAGAGAGGAGCAGCAGAAGAACUACAGCAAGGUGCUGGUGAGGAAUGGCUCCGUGGAAGGGCCCUCUGCAGGAGCAGAGGCAGACUGAAGGGCUGCCCCCUGGCACCUGCCUGGGCACAGCCCCAGCUCCUGAGC